AUGAACCGGCCGGGUGAACCAUCAGUGGACUGCGCGAGUCAUGAAGAAUUCAUAGUUGUUGAACGCCCCACAGCACGUGUCGCAUUACCCCCCAAGGAAGCUCCUGCGGCAGAUGGAGACUCCGAUGAAGAAGGCGAGGUCGAUGGUUCGCAAGUAAAUGAUAUUGAUCUAUUGGAGGACUUCCCGGACGACACUGAUGAAUUAGAGCUCGUACACUCGCGGUUGAGCUCUUUGGCCAAUCUUCGACUCGAUCGGUUUGCGAGGCAUCUGAGGAAGCUAUGUCUCAGACAAAACGCUAUAUCGCAUCUAGAUCCCGAGAUCUUUAGACAGCUCACGCAGCUCGAAGAACUCGACAUGUACGACAAUAAACUCAAGACUCUGGGAGAUGCCUUGGACAACAUGUCUUCACUAACUGUUCUGGACCUCUCAUUCAACCUUCUACGACAAGUGCCUGAGGCACUAUCGCAUCUAUGUUCCUUGAAGACCGUGUAUUUUGUUCAAAACAAGAUCUCCAAAAUCACUGGCUUGGAAUCGGUGGGAGUGACAUUAAGAAGUCUUGAACUUGGUGGAAAUAGAAUACGGCAUAUCGAAGGUCUGGAUGCGUUGGUCAACCUGGAGGAAUUAUGGCUUGGGAAAAACAAGCUCAAGAAGCUAGAGAAUCUGGACAAGCUGGGCAGACUGAAAAUAUUGUCUCUUCAGUCUAACAGGAUCACAAAGAUUGAGUGCCUGGAACGAUUGGUUGAUCUGGAAGAGCUCUACUUGAGUCACAACGGAGUCGAGCGUUUGGAAGGUUUGGAGAACAACAAAAAGCUGAGAACGCUUGACGUUGGUGCGAACUUUAUUCCAGCGAUCGAAAAUAUCUCGCAUCUCGCAUCACUAGAGGAGCUUUGGCUCAAUAACAACAAGAUCCCUGAUCUGCGAGCCCUUGAGCCCCAGCUCAAGAAUAUGGCAUCCCUUGAAACAAUCUACCUGGAAGGCAAUCCGUGUCAGCAAGUCGAAGGUACAAGUUACAGACGGAAGAUAAUGCUUGCGCUUCCACAAGUUAAGCAAAUUGAUGCCACUUUUGCGAGACCCUUAUGA